UGCAGAAAUGGUUCGUAUUUUUAAUUUAUUGGAUGGAGCUAAUGAUAUUGAAAUUUGUGUUAAUUCUGAUGCGGAUGAAAGGAUUAGAUAUUAUUUGAUUAAUUUUAUAUGGUCUUUUGAGGAAUUGAAACUUUACAAAAAUGAUUCAAAAAAUAGAGGAGAAUCACAAAAUAUUUUUGGCAUUAAUUUACCAAAAAUUUUAACUAUAAGUAAAGGCUAUUCGGCAGCUUCGCUUUCUCGGGCUUUUGUUGAUUUUAUUAUAAACGAAUUAAAUUUAGAAAAAUUAUUAGAACAAUUAAAUAAAGCUAAAUUUGGGGUUGAUGAACAUUUAUGGCAAUCUUUAAGUAUUUCUGAUAAUUUAAAUGCUCCCGGUGGAUUUACUGAACAAUGUUAUGCUUUUGGAUAUACAACACCUUUUAUUACUAGGUAUGCUUUAUGGGGAAGUACAGAUUGUUUGAGUGGAAGUAUUAGACAUGAUGUUUGUGUGUUUGGAUUAGAGGACCUUACUUCAGAAAAUAUUUUUAAAAUUCCCCAUUUAUUUAUUAACAAAAUGAUGCCUGGAUAUGAUUUUGGAGUAAUUAAAUGUUGGCAUAAAAAAUUAAAAGAAAGACAAAAAAUAAAGUCUGAGAGGAAAUUGAAUUUAGAAUAUUAUAAAAAUUGGCCACAAACAAUUUAUAAUCAAAUGAGGAGAAGAAAUAAAGGAACGAUUAAAUUUUCUGAAUUAAAAUGUAAAUAAAUUUAAAUAAAAUAUCUAGUCAAUAUCGAGGAUCGUGCCGACUUAAAAAAUAAAUGUGUGGGUUUUCAAAAAAGCGAAAAGGCAUGAUCCUUGGUCGGAUUACAUCGGGUAUAAAAAUUUUAUCAAGUGAUAAACCCUUUAUCAUGUUAUAAAACCUUUCGUUCA